GAAUAGAAGAGGAAUCGCUGCAAAGUUCCAUUGCCAAACUUCGCGUCAUAGAGGAUGAGUUCACACGACAUACGCCGUCCGUUCAAACGCCCGGCGAUCUCCGACCAACAAAGACGCCGAGAACUUUCAUUGCUCCGCCAGUCACAAAACCGCCACGACGCUCAGCUACAAGCCCGUCGUUUAGCUUCCACUGUCCUCUCUCUUCAAUCCUCUUCCCAAGAACAGCAGGUCGACAUACAAGUUACCGACGAACUUGAAUCCUGUCCCGAAGAAGUCGACGACGAUUAUGGACAUCAUAAGGACGCACAUGAUCUUCGUCAAGCUACCAAGCUGAGAGGACCUGAUGCUCGGUUAUGGUUUGCCAAGCAGCUUAUGCUUCCCGAGUGGAUGAUUGAUGUUCCCGAUAAAUUGAAUACCGAUUGGUAUGUAUUUGCUAGGCCUGCUGGAAAACGAUGUUUUGUUGUUUCUUCAAAUGGAACAACAAUCAGUAGACUGCGCAAUGGAGUUCUCUUGCACCGUUUUCCUUCUGCUCUACCCAAUGGUGCCAGGACUAAUAACAGUAAAGCUGCUCAAUCAUACUGUAUUCUUGAUUGCAUAUUUCACGAGUCUGAUGAGACUUAUUAUGUCAUUGACGGUGUUUGUUGGGCGGGAAUUUCAUUAUAUGAGUGCACUGCCGAAUUCAGAUUCUUUUGGUUAAACAGCAAGCUUGCUGAGACGGGGGCUUGUGAUGUUCCCUCAACUUAUCAUAAAUAUAAAUUUAGUGCUCUUCCUGUCUACAACUGUGACAAAGAAGGCCUACAGACAGCUUAUGCAGGACAAGUUCCAUAUGUCAAGGAUGGAUUACUGUUUUACAACAAGCAUGCACAAUAUCAAACAGGAAAUACACCUCUAUCAUUGGUUUGGAAGGAUGAACAUUGUAGUCAGUAUGUCAUUGAUACAGACAAUAAAGGACAAGUUCAAAGUCAACAACAGGUAGUUUUGGAGCUCCUGGAUGAUGGCAGACUGGCUACAUCUGAUGACCCUCCUGUCAUAUUUGGUUGCUUACUUGGUGAAUUCAUGCAAAAGACAGAACUUCACUGUGGAGAUCUUAUAAAAUUUGCUAUAGGUGAAGGAGGAGUAGUUGUUGUUGACAGUAAACUGGAGAAGGCUGAUCUGAAAUACCUGGGCAAAUCCAAUCGUGCACGUGCUUUUGCUGAUAGUUACUCGAAGGUCUUGUUCCAGCACGCAGCUCGGUAUUCUCCUCUGAGAAUUGAGCAUCUUUUUGCAUCAAUCAGUUCGUAUGUUGAAGAUGGAAAUUCAACUCAAGAUGCAGAGAUGGCUGGUUAAAGGUGCAAUGUGCAGGAAACGCUUUUUGAACUAACCAUAUAAACUUGCAUGGUUAUGAAAUUAAACUGAGUGAUGGGCAUAUAAUCAUUCUAACCUACACCAUGAAAGUAACAUUUUUGUGUCAUGUAAGAUGAGGAUAAUGGUGCGAAAGAAUACGUUUUGGCUUCAUCCAACAAGGGGCUUUCACUGCUUUUCUCCUCAUCUUGUCUACCCUUUAUUCAUAAUUUGGGAACGCUAAACCUUUACAUGAAGAAGAUAAAUGGGCUCUGAAAAUCCUUAGCUUCUGAAUGCAGGCCCACAGCUGAACUUUUGCUCCGGUGUCCAACAAUUAAUCAUUGACGUAAUAUUGUUCAAACAGGGUUGAAAUUUUGGUAAGGCAGUGUUGAAGGUAACAUCAGUGGAUACAAAAGAAAUGCACAUGGCUUUCCUUUGUUCUUUUGCAUAAUUAGUCUGCUCCAGAAGUUUUUGGAAUUUGCUGUUGUUUCUUUGUGAACAGCUUCAAUUAUCUUUUCGUUUUUUUUCCCCUGGGAAGGAGAUUAUCAAUCUUAAGUGAGAUAGCUGCGUCUAAUUUCUGAUUUUGGGAUAGAUUUUAGAGCAUCACAUCAGAGCUGGAAAACUGUGUUCUGCCAGUAGUGAAAAUAGAUUUGCUAAAUCCAAAGAUAGUGUACAUUAUGGCUUCUUGUAUUUGUUGGAACCAAUUCCAACAAAUUCUGUAGCUGAAUUCUUUUCCCUAGUAUACGUUUACAGUUUGAUUCAAGAUGCAAAAGUUGUUGGCUCACAACCAUCGUGAACACAAGCUAA